AUGCGUUCCCGUCGCUCCAGCAUAGCGGCGGAUCUGCCAGCCUCUACCGCGGCUGACGUUGCUGUACCCAUGGAGAUCAACAUCCCCCGACACGGCAGCGCCACCGGCAGCGCCACCAGCAGCGCCAACAACAGCCAGGUCGACCUUACCGGCCACCACAUUUACCUUCCUGGACCGGACACACCGGCCGGGUCCACCACUCAGGGCGCCCUCUUCGAGCUCAGCCAGGUGAACGCCAACGACCAGGUCGCGGGCGAGGUCGUCAAGGACAUCAAGACGGGCAAGCAUUACAAGAAAACCCCAGUGUCCAAGCCUGCUUACUCGCUCGGACACACCACGGGCGCUCCCACCGUGUCUGGCGUUGCCAACAGAUCCACGGGCCGCAUUGGCCUCGGCCACGCAUUCCCCACCGACGAGCAAAACAGACAGUACAAGGCGGAAAAGGCAGCUCGCAAGUCCAACAACGGCUCUGGAACCAGGUCACCCUCGGUAGCGGGUGGAAACACUCCCGGUCUCCGCGCUUCGAUGGACGUCAACACGAUGGAGGGAAGGACGCAGCUCUUUGCCCAGCUCCGCGAACUCAUCCACGAUGAAUUUGAGAAAGUCAACCGCGGUCAGACCGAGGAGCUCAGGCGUCACGUCCACCAGGCCCACCUCGAGCAACGACAGCAUCUGGAAGGUCACAUGGAUGACGUCAAGGAGGCCAUUGCAGAGCAACCUGUCCAGUCUGAAGUCGAGGCCGAGUCGACCGAGUCCGAACUCAAAAAGGCCAAAGGAUCUGACACGACCGAGACCGCUUGGGCCACCACGGACGACGAUAAGCAACUCACUUUUGACCGCAAGGGCAGCGAGGCAGGUCUCACUGCCGUCGACGGCACGGUCAAAGACCCUCAGCCGGUCGAGCGUGGCUACAGCGACGAGCAAGAGAUCAGCGACGACGACGAGUACGAGUUCCCGAACAAGUGGGCUGCCAUCCGCUACAAGCUGCGUGAACCGUUUGCAGAGUUUAUGGGCUGCUUUAUGCUCAUGGUGUUCGGCAACGGAAUCAACUGCCAGGUCACUAUCUCAGCGCUCUACGACCCGAGCAGUCCCAAGGGCAAUUACCUUUCCAUCUCGUUCGGUUGGGGUGUCGGCGUAGCUAUGGGCGUUUGGGUCGCAGGUGGCAUCUCGGGUGGUAUGAUCAACCCUGCCGUGACGAUUGCGUUGGCCAUCUUCCGAAAGUUCCCGUGGAAAAAGGUGCCGAUCUACAUCUUGGCCCAGGUCCUCGGCUGCCUGAUGGGCUCGCUCUGCAUCUACGGUCUCUAUGUCAACCCGAUCCGCGUCGUCGAUCCAAACCAGACCGAAACCACCGCCGCGCUUUUCACCACGUACCCGGCCGAGUUUCUCCGCCAACCGUCCACGCGCAUGAGCGCGUUCUACAACGAGUUCUUCGCAAGUUCCAUCCUGCUCAUUGUUAUCUUGGCCAUCGGCGACUCGUCCAAUACACCGCCUCCGGAUGGGUUGGCGCCGCUCGUGCUGCUCUGGCUGGUCUGGGGUCUUGGCGCGUGUCUCGGCUGGCAGACUGCCUACGCGGUCAACCCGGCGCGAGACUUGGGUCCUCGGCUCAUGCUGUACAUCGUCGGUUACUCGCCCGAUCUCUUGUGGACGUUCAAUGCGUGGUAUUGGCUCUGGACGCCCAUCCUCGCAACGAUCUCGGGCGCCAUCAUGGGCUGCAUCAUUUACGACACGCUCUGCUAUACCGGCGGCGACUCGCCCAUCAACCGAAAAGCCAAGAAUCACGCGGCAGCACUCGGCCCAGGAUCCAAAGAGAAGAUGCCCGCCGCUCUCAGCGAGGCUUGA